GCUGCCGGCUCCGGCCCGCCCUCCGUCUGCGGCUCCACCGACGGGAAGGCGAGCGGUGCCGGCUGUCGUAGUCCUCCGCGCUUCACUGUCUGGGAAACUUGAGUCGCUUGCCGCAGAGCAUCUGUGCCCUGCCCCGAGGGGCGCCCCGGCGGAGGAAGGUGGCCCCGCGGACAGCGGCAGGAUGGCGCGGACUCUGAGACCCGACGACAUCAACCCCCGGACGGGGCUGGUGGUGGCUCUGGUCAGCGUCUUCCUGGUGUUCGGCUUCAUGUUCACCGUGUCCGGCAUCAAGGGAGAGACCCUGGGAGAUAUCCCGCUGCUGGCCAUCGGGCCGGCCAUCUGUCUGCCGGGCAUCGCCGCUAUUGCCCUCACCAGAAAGACCGACGGCUGCACCAAAUGGCCCGAGAACAUGCGUCCGUGCUGUAAGCGAGUGAAGGACAGAGAUGUCAUGGAGCUGCUAAGGACCCCCUCAGACCUGGAGUCUGGCAAGGGGAGUUGUGACGAACUGGCCAAGAAAGCAUACCAGAAGGACAGGAGAGUGCUGCGGGGUGAGGAGAAUUCCGUGUUCGUCUGCACCACCACCGCUGCCACCAUGGGAGAGUGCAACAGCCUCACCAAAAAAGCGGAACAGGAGGACAUGCUGAAAUACCUGGAGGCCUCUUACCCCCAGAUACCGGGGAGUGUGUGCAUGGGAGACGGCUCCAUGUACAGUGCCUUGGAGAAGAAGAGCUCUUCUCCCAGCAGGGACAGCACUGCUUGCCCUGACAUUGAAGACAACAUUUUUGUGGCACCUAAGGACAGUAUAAUUGUCUGUUCUUACAAGGAUAACAGCCCUUAUGACAAAUACUGUUGUUACAUAAACCCUACCGGAAUCAACUCAGACCAGGAGAGCAUAGUGUGAAAGAUGCAUACUCUAUAUAUAUGUGUGUAUACAAAAACUGCAACUUCAACUUCUUGAUAGGGGAUAAUAUAGCUGACUGCACUGCAUGGGACAAUCCUGAUACUAUUUCAAUUUAACCUGGUAUGUGACUGAUACUCAAACCUUUUGUGCCUGAAAUACUGUUUCUGUAAGUAAACAAGCAUGUUUAAAGGUUAAAGAAUUCCAUUCUUCAUUUUUUGGGGAAAAAAAAAAGAAAUUACAUUUUAAUUUUAUUUUCUUCCUUUCUCUCCCUUCUGUUUUACUGCUGCCUAUUGUACCAAGCCCGUAGGCACACUGGCAGGAGGGCAGUGGCUGUCAGCUGAGAUCAAGAGCUGAAUCAGACUCAGGCUGUCUGUGGGAAAGAAUGUGGUGCUCUAUGGGUAAAUGAAUCUUUGAAGUACUGUCACUUCAUUUUGGGAGGGAUUGAGAGAUGUCAACAUGCACUCCAGUAGAUGGCUGAUGUUAGGAAGUGUAGAAGUGAUUUGUCCCCCUUCUUCUCCCUGGUAGGAUUUUAUUUUCCUCUGAAUCAAGAAAUCAAUGUGCUGACCCUGUGGGCUCUUCUGAAAGUCUCCUAGGAACCAGAUAGACUCAGAGGACUGUUCAAAGGCUAAUCCAUCAUCCAUAACAUGCAACAUAGAUGUGUUAGCUUAAUUCUUCACUGGUUGGAAUGUUUUUAACACUUUUGCAUUUCAUACGCAUACUUGACAAGGAGAUUACAACAUGAUCGUUACACAGUUCUUGCACAGGCUAGAAGCAGAUGUCAGUGGACUCAGGCCUUUAAAAUGUAUUUCAGUACCUCAAAAGUUGCUUAGGGAAUAGACUUCUGUGGGUUGUGUGCAGAUCAGGAUCUUACCCUUCUGAAAAUGCCAUUUUCUUGUGCCUUUUCUAAAAUGCCAGAUGUUUCUGUAUCAGUGAUGCAUGGUUACAGUCCACUCAGAGAUCUCAAAGCCAUGCUUUGCUGGGGGGAGGAAAGAGGGGACCUGACUGACAUGUUUUUGUUCACAGCUUACGGAUACAUAUCAAGAAAAUACGAAGCAAGUAAUGAGGAUUAACUGUUCAAAAUCUGAGCCUGAAGUUAACAUGCAGAAACACAAAUCCCAGCUAUUAUGUCUAACAGUAAAUUGCAUUUUCCAUGCUGUGUAUAAAAAUCUUAACUGGCCUCUACUAACUCGGUAUCGGAGAUGUGGUAUGUGCAUGCUAAGCAGCUACUCUAAGGGUAAAGGUCUUUGGUUGCUAAAGCAUAGAGUUAGCAUCUCACAGAGCCCCAGUUUCUAUAACUGAACUCUCACAACUCCAAAAAGUUCCUGUGUGAUGCAAGUCUUACCAACUAUUUUUACUAAGCUGUUUUUUGUCAACCAUAAGUUGUACCAGAUAAAUGUUUUGAAUUACCAGAAUAGGAAACAAGAAAAUCAGGGCCUCUUUUGUAGCAACCCGAGGUAUUCUGUAGAAGGUGAAAAAGAAUUUUGCACUGAAACGAGCCUUUCCAUGCCAUGGAAUUGUCUGGAUGGUGAAUGUAAAUUUUAUGCAUACACUUAUGUGUUUGUUUUCUUUGUUUAGAAACUGA